AAUAAUAAUAACUUUUUGUCGGACAGAGUCGCUCAUCCCCUACAGAAUAAGCUCUUCGAUCGCAGACAGCGAUUACCGAUCAGAUUCAGAGUUUUAUCCACCAGAUCUUCAUCGAUGGCGAAAAAGGCGGUGCUGAUUGGGAUAAACUACCCAGGAACCAAGGCGGAAUUACGGGGAUGCGUCAACGACGUUCGUCGGAUGUACAAAUGUCUCGUCGAACGGUACGGAUUCGCCGAAGAAGACAUCACGGUGCUCAUCGACACCGAUGAAUCCUCUACCCAACCCACGGGCAAGAACAUCCGCAAGGCUCUUGCGGAUCUCGUCGGAUCGGCGGAUUCCGGUGACUUUCUUGUCGUCCAUUACAGUGGGCACGGUACGAGGUUACCGGCGGAGACCGGGGAAGACGAUGACACUGGUUACGACGAAUGUAUUGUUCCUUGCGACAUGAAUCUGAUUACUGAUGAUGACUUCAGGGAUCUUGUGGACCGAGUUCCGCAAGGUUGCAGAAUGACAAUCAUUUCAGACUCUUGUCACAGUGGUGGCCUAAUCGAUGAAGCCAAGGAACAGAUUGGGGAGAGCACUAAGAAAGACGAGGAGGAGGAGGAAGAAGAAUCUUCUUCUUCGAGAUUUGGGUUCAGGAAAUUCUUGCGCAACAAGGUGGAAGGUGCUAUUGAAUCUAGAGGGUUCCACAUUAAAGGGAACAGGAAGGAAGAAGAUGAGGCGGAAGAAAUUGAAACUAAGGAGAUUGAGCUAGAAGACGGAGAAAGGAUCCUUGCCAAAGACAAAUCUCUGCCUCUGCAGACCCUGAUCGAUAUCCUGAAGGAGCAAACAGGGAAUGAUGAUAUCGAAGUCGGCAAAAUCAGGCCAAGCCUUUUUGACGCGUUUGGUGAUGACUCGAGCCCAAAAGUGAAGAAGUUCAUGAAAGUGAUCUUAGGUAAGCUUCAGGCAGGAAACGGAGAAGAAGGUGGUCUAAUGGGAAUGCUUGGGAAAUUAGCUUCAGGGUUUCUCGAGGGGAAACUAAACGAUGAAGACUAUGUGAAACCCGCGAUGCAGACAGAAGUUGGGAGGAAAGAAGAGGUUUAUGCCGGUGGAUCCAGAGGUUCGGUUCCGCUUUCAGACAGCGGGAUAUUGAUCAGCGGCUGUCAGACUGAUCAGACCUCUGCGGAUGCGACUCCACCGGGGAAACCAACUGAGGCUUAUGGAGCGAUGAGCAACGCGAUACAGAAGAUAUUGGAGGAUACAGAAGGUGAGAUAUCAAACAGAGAAAUGGUUACAAGGGCAAGGAAGAUAUUGAAGAAGCAAGGAUUUACUCAGCAGCCAGGUUUGUAUUGCCAUGAUGGUUUUGCAGAUGCUCCUUUUAUUUGUUAAAAAAACAUAACUUUUUUUUUUUAUGGAUGCUUUUUUUUACAACGACCAUUUACCGAUGAUGAUGAUUCUGGUCGGGAAAAUAAGCCUUGUUUUACUGUUUGAGGGCAUUUGUGUAAUUUAUAUGUUUUGUGUGAUGUGUGUGAUGAGUUAUGUGAAACACUGAAUUCUCCUUGUUUUAUUGAGAAAUAUGAUUUCUUUUUUUUUUUC